UGGCUGUAGACGUUAGGGAGUAAUGCUGGGCCGAGUCACAUAAACAUGAUGAGCAAUGGCUGACGGCGCGAUGGAGGUAAUAUACAAGGGGUGGCUCAAGAAAGCCACCUCCACAGAGAAGAAGAAGAAGAGUUUUCUGAACCGGCAGACCAGCGCUUGGAAGAAAGGUUACUUUGUACUGCUGCGCCGGCAUGAUCCGGAGGAGGGAGAGGAAUGCCCGUUUGUGUCUACGUACGAGAAGGAAUCAGUAACAGAAUCUGAAACCCCCAAGGCUUCGCUGAAACUCUGGCCUCACUACCGCGUGGACAAGAAGCACGAUGAGGCAGGCAAGCUCUUCAUCUUUGAGGUGCGCACUCCACAGGACAGCCUGAGGCUGAUGGCGGACUCCGAGGCCGUCAUGGACCUCUGGGUCUUCUACCUGCAGAUCCAGACCAAACUCAGACACGAGUUCCCAGGUUACUGCUUCGAGGUGACACCAGACGAGUCGGAUCCGAUGAGACGAAUAGGCGCCAAGGGGUCAAAAUGCCUGCUGCACGUCUCCAAGUGGGGCUUGACGUUAGCUCUCAAGCGCACCCGGUCCGUGCUUGCCCAGUGGCCCCUGAAGAGCAUCCGCAUCUUUGAGAGCUCGGAGACGGGGGCAUUCUCCUUCGAGGCGGGCCGCAGCGCGCCCAUGGGGGAGGCCCGCUACCUCUUUGCCACCAACCCCGGUGAAGACGGGCGGAUGUACGACCUCCUGGAUGCAUUCACCACCGAGAUGCAAGAACAGAGAAACGACGGGUCAAUCGAUCCCAGCCAGCCAGCGACAGAGGAAGAAGUGAUCAAGGAAUACGAGCGGCUGCGGUUGGCCACGUUUGGUCUCCUGGGUCAGAGGUCAGCAUCAGUUCGGAGCACAGGGACGCCCUCAGCCAGCAUGGCUGUCCCCGUUCCUGUGCCCCAGAGCCGAGGGCCCACCACGGGGUACGAUCACCUGCACAGAGGACAAGAAGAAAUUGCACGACAGCAUUCAGAGAGGUUACCUGGUGCAGGACCCACUCAGACCCAAGGCAUCCCCAUCCGUGCCAGCCCCACCAGGUCGACUGGUCCCCCUCUCCCCCCGCGCCAACAGGGGCUGAAGAGCCCGCCCUCAAGCUUUAAGCGCUCCUACUCAGAGCGAGGGCACAGCUUGGAGAAGUACGGCCGAAGCCUGGAAAGGCAGCGUGACCUCCCUCUCUCCCCAGGUGAGGACCCGUACACCACCAUGAACUCCUCCAGCCCGUUGAGCAGAGGGUCCAGAGGUCACAGGUCAUUCACCGAGGCCGACAUGCUGCAGUUGGCUCGGAGUGGCGAGAGUUUCGGGAACAUCCUCACGGGGGAUCAAUUCCGGCACCUGCUGAGGAGCAACUCCAACAAGGGCACAUCCGAGUAUGAAGCCAUGGCGCUUCGACUCGGCCACAACCCCUAUCAAAAUUCGGGCAUGUCCUUGCUGCCCAACAGCUACGAGAACACGCCCCUCAUCAGCCCGAGCCCUGGGGAUGGCGUUUUCCCGGGCUUACCGAACAUGGGAUUUGUCAGCUCCCCACAUAGCCUUGAGCCAGGGCCCCUGGUUCCUCCCAGGAAAUACCAGCCGCCUGGCAGGACCUCCACAACGGCUGAGGUACAGGCCGACUUCCGCGGCCAACAUCAGCCAAUCAGACACACUUACUUCCAGCACAUGAUAAACAAACAUGGAGCGGGGGCACGGAGUCCCACCUCAGCGUACAUGUCGCCCCCUAGGCAUGCAGGCGCCAGGAAGAGGCUUCCUUCCGAUCUGCCAGGGUACUCCUCUGUCAAAGACGGGACGCUUGGAUCGCACCAGUACCAGGAGGUCUUUCUGUUCAACAGUCCCCGGGGAACCCUUCGCCGAUCCAUGUCCGCGGAUCGCUUGUUCAGGUUCAGGAAUUCUUCGGUCAGCAGCUGCACAUCGUCAGCUCUCUCCGUAGUCUCGCCCCUCAUUGGAGCCUUGGACUUAUCCACGUACAACGCCCGGUCAUCCAAGGUCCCCAGCUGGGUGAGUUUUCGUCAGCUACCAUCCCCGCCUCCUCCAGGCACUCACGCCCCAGAUUUCAACACCUACUGCGGGUCCCCCCAUGCACCCUUCCCGCCUUUCACAGAUUUUGGUGCUUUUGCCACCGGCCAGACCCCUUACAGUGAUAUCAAGGGCAACCGGAAUUCUUUCAACAACAACAACCAAAGACAAUCUGUUGGGUCAGGGAGCCAAGCAGAAGCCCACAUGCGGGCAGCUCCCAUUGUGGGCAGUGAAGGGAAAUCCAAGGAGAACAUGGCUCCGAGAGAUGCAACGGAGGAGGUAGGCUACCUUGAGCCAGUUUUCAAAAUGAAAAGAUCUCGAUCAGAAGCUGACAUUCUAGAUGUUGACGGCUCUGAGGAUGCAGUGACGGAAAGGAAGAAACCCCAACACCGAUCCCGCAGCAAAUCCAAGGGAUUUUUUGCAACCCUGCGGAAGAGAACUAACUCCAGCUCCAAUGUUUCUAAAGAAGGAGCCUUUUCUCUUUCUGGGGGAAACGCAGCAAAGGAGAAGCCUUCCAAAUCAGCAAUAUCCCAGAUGAAACGCUCCCAGUCUAAUCCAGACCUCCUCGACGACAAGCCCAAAUUCCCAUCCCAAUUGUACAAGCCGCAGGGUUACAAUGUGGCUGCUGUCAAGCCUGCCAGCCACUCCACGAAUCUCGCACCUGUCACCCGCCGGAAGAAGUUUGAUUUCUCCCUGAAGCUCUUCCGUCAGAACAGCAAACCCUCUGAAGAGGAAGGUGUUGGAAGCGACGGUAGAGGCAGCGAUGGUGAGAGCAAGUCACAGCGACGGAGCAGCAAGUCAUCCCUCUCAGAGGCCAAGUACUCACCUACAUCACAAGCCCAAUCGGUCGAGAACGCCCCAAUCUCACUGGGUGUGAAGGGAAUCGUCGCAUCUGAAAAGGCGAUAUCAUUUCGGAAAGCCAGCCCCUCUGGUCCAAUUCAGAAGCAGUCACCCAGUCCAACAGCAAAGCCCGCAGUAGCUUCAAAGCCUGGUGCGGCAUCCCACUCAACCCCCAUGAAUAUUGUGGCUCCGAGGUUGCACUCACCGAGUCCUGGUGAGACAUUUGCUGUGUUGCCCACUGAGAAAGCUGCCCGGGAUAGACUCAAAGAGGUGGCUAACAGACCUCUGCCAAGUCCUCCCAAAAGUAGUAUGCAGGCACCCAAAGAUGCUUCCAAUCGAUCUGCAGUAAGGCGAUUCGCCCCUGGCAUGAACCGACACCACAACGGCUUGGACAUCGAGCAAGGCACGCCCCUUAAGAAGUCAAAUCGGGCCAAGAAAUCUGCUCCACCUCCACCUCCCCGCGAUCCAAACACAUCCCUGGACAGCAUCUCGUUGAAGUCCUCCCGCACGAACUCUGAUGCCUCCGACUUUGAGACCACCGCAGUAACGAGGCACAUUUUGUCAGAAACCGGCAAGUCCCUGUCCGCUACAGGAUCCGAGAGGAGAGUGUCUGUCGACGGCACGUCACACCAGUCUUCGCGCCCCAGCUCAGAUGGGUCCCAGUACGAGAACUCUGACUUUGAGUCCAUGCCCAUGCAGAUUGGCACACCACCAGGAAGCUUCUCAGAGAGGAACUCAGGCAUUUCCCUGGACGCUGGUAGACUCGGCGUAUCCCCCUCAUUUGCCGAGGUAGACAGGAGAGCGUCUUUCGGUCACAUUUCGCUCCGGUCCUCCCGUUCCAACUCAAAUGCAUCUCAGUACGAGAACACCGACUUUGGCUCCAUGUCGGCUGAAAACGGGACACCCCCUACCCACAGCAUUGGCAGUGGAAGUCUUUCCAGUAGAAAUUCAGCCAUUUCAGUGGAGGGUCGCAGAGUAGGCAAGUCAUCCUCUUUUUCGGAAGCAGACAGAAGGUCAGUCGGAAGUGUUUCACUUCGAUCUUCAAAUGGCUCUCAGUAUGAGAACACGCAUAUCUAAUCAGUUUGUACUGCAACAAAUUAGAAACUUGCUCUUGUAAGGAGGAUUGAGGACUGUUAGGUUUAAUGUUGGUUUUUUUCGAUUCACGUGCAUACUUUUUAAUAAAGUCUAGUGAGAGUAACAUCAUGGCCAAUUUGUGGCAGGACUUAAUCCAUGCAUCCUAUCUCUCACAUGUAGCUUUCCAAUCCAAAAUGCAACAGGGUCUCUCAAUGUGGCAUGGACCAUUUUGAAACUCCGAUUGUUGAGUCUGAACUUCUUAUAAGAAUCAUGUUAUUCACAACAUGCACACCAUUUAUUUCCUCAACGCUGGCGUUAUCUUAAAAACUGAAGCUUGUGGCACAUUUAGAUGUGCCUUCCAUCGAGCAUCCAUUUUUUUUGUUGUAAAGCUAGAAAAAUUUCAUGUUUCGUCCGGGAAAAUGAGAGAUUCAGUCUGUUGUGUCCUCACAGUGACUCGAAAAGAAAACAGCAGUAACUUUCACACGGACAAACUAGAUCCUCUGGCACAGAUGAGUGCGGUGCAAGGUUAUUGCUGCAAACUGUCCUGCUUAUGGACAGCCAGUUAACCCAUGGUAACAAUGCAGUGAAUGAAUCUCUGAAUUGUGACAAAACAAUGUGUAUUAAUUAAUAAUACAUGAAUUUUAAUUUUCUUGCACCUUUAAGUUUUAAUCUAAAUCAAACUUUUUUGCUGAUACAUGUAUAUGAAUAUUUUUUUUUCAGAUUUCCUGUCUAUCUUGCCCUCUAAGUUUUUGGAAUUUAGCUGCUUUGAAACAUUCAAUUUUUGGUUUGGUUUGAUCAAAAAUAAAUCUUUUCCAGUUAAACAACUGUAAUAUUCUGUGAAAUCAACAUUGUACUGCAGCCUCGCAACGGUAGGCCUAUUGGCGUCCAUAGUUAAUUCCACGGUUCUCAUUUCCGACUGACCCUUAUUUUUGGCUUCAACUAAGGAUGAAACAAAUUUUAUGUCACUGACCUUGGUAGGAAUUUCCGACCAAGAAAAAAUUGAGAAAAAUGAUAAUUUCAAGAAUGUUCAUUGAGAAAGCAUUUUUUUGCCCCUAUUUUUUCCAACAGACCAACCCUUCCUCAAAGUAGAAAAAUUAUGAGGACCAUUUGAAUAAAAAAUGGACCCCUUAUUAAGAAAAAGCUGCCGCCUGAAAUUAAUAAAAUGUUACCUUGAAUUCUAAAUGCUAUUAAAAAUUUUUAUCAGGCUUAUACUGGCUUAUACUGAACUUGUAGAAUUUUACAUUGACAAUUUUGCAUUACAAAUGGAAUCUGAUCUUUUACACCAACGAUUUAAAGAUGCAAAUUAGGUUAAUGUGGGAAAUGUCGGCAUGAAAUGGAGAGGAGAUUACCAACCAGUAAUAUUCUGUAUAUUUGCGAGGGUUUACAAUAAUAUCCAUUUCUGUCUUUUUUAAAAAUCAUAAAGGCAUUGUGAAUAUUUUUGCUCAGAAAUUUGGUGACAUGAAUACCCUGAAAUCACUGCACACAUCUUAAUCUAUAAAAGCCAUAUGACUAAGGUAACUAUUGUACUUAAUCAAGAUGUUAGUUUGACAUUCAAACUGUGUGUUCCUUAGUUAACAGUGUGAGACCUAUGUACAUACCAGUCUCUAGUAUAGAAGUGUGCUUGUAAAAUUACGUAUAAUUUCACUGAAAAAGAUAAAUCCCCACCACCAACAAAAAAGUGUGUUCAAAUACAAAGUUGUUAAUACAUGCUGCUAAGGGUGUGGCUGGAUGUAGCAUGGAUCGCAUUACACUGGGGGGGUGUUACACCCCAAUUGUGGCCACG